AUGGCGGUGGCUCUGGAUGAAGUGUGGGGGCGGGUGAAGAAUGUCUGCAAGCAGAACGGACUGCUCAUCCUGUCUGUGCUGGCCGUGGUCAUUGGCUGCCUGCUGGGCUUCUUCCUCAGAGGCAAGCAGCUCUCCGAGCAGGAGGUGAAGUACUUCCAGUUUCCCGGAGAGCUGUUGAUGAGGAUGUUGAAAAUGUUAAUUUUGCCCCUCGUCGUGUCCAGUUUGAUGUCAGGUCUGGCUGCCUUGGAUGCCAAGUGCUCUAGCCGCCUGGGCAUCAUGACCAUCUCCUACUACCUCUGGACCACCUUUGUUGCCGUGGUCGUGGGCAUCGUCAUGGUGUACAUCAUCCACCCGGGCGGAGCUGCUCAGAAGGAGGACUCUGAGGACAGCAAGAAGCCGAUGACCAGCUCUGCUGACGCUCUGCUGGAUCUCAUCCGCAACAUGUUUCCAGCCAACCUGGUUCAAGCUACUUUUCAACAGUAUCGAACCCAGAGAGUCCCAGAGCUCAUCCCCAAACCGACGGUGGCUCAGCUCUUGGAUGAGACCACCACUCGCAGGGUCUACAUCUACGGCAUCCAGGAUGACAACGGCACAGACGUUCAGAAUUUCUCCCUGGAUCUCACGCCGCCUCCUGACGUGAUCAUGAAAACAUCCCCUGGUACCAGCGAAGGCAUGAAUGUGCUGGGGAUUGUAAUUUUCUCCGCCACCAUGGGGAUAAUGUUAGGAAGGAUGGGACCCAAUGGAAGCGCUUUGGUCAACUUCUGCCAGAGUUUGAAUGAGGCCGUUCUGAAGAUUGUCGCCAUUGUCAUCUGGUAUUUCCCCUUUGGCAUCGUGUUUCUGGUUGCCGGUAAGAUCCUGGAAAUGGACGACCCUUCAGCCAUGGGGAAGAAGCUGGGUUUUUACGCCAUUACGGUGGUAAUGGGCUUGGUGCUGCACGGUCUAUUUAUCCUGCCCGCCAUGUACUUCUUCAUCACUAAGAAGAGCCCUAUUGUUUACAUCAGAGGCAUCCUGCAGGCCCUGCUCAUCUCAUUGGCCACCUCCUCCAGCUCUGCCACUCUGCCUAUCACCUUCAAGUGCCUCCUUGAGAACAAUCACAUCGACAGACGCAUCAUCCGCUUCGUGCUGCCUGUCGGGGCCACCAUCAAUAUGGACGGCACCGCACUCUACGAGGCCGUGGCAGCCAUUUUCAUUGCCCAAGUGAAUAAUUAUGAGCUUGACUUUGGACAGAUCAUCACGAUCAGCAUCACUGCCACAGCAGCCAGUAUUGGUGCAGCAGGAAUCCCACAGGCUGGACUGGUAACCAUGGUGAUCGUGCUGACCUCUGUGGGCCUGCCCACUGAUGACAUUACUCUCAUCAUUGCUGUUGAUUGGGCUUUGGAUCGAUUCAGGACCAUGGUCAACGUGAUGGGUGACGCCCUGGCCACAGGCAUCAUGGCUCAUAUCUGCAGGAAAGAUUUUGUCAAAGAAGGGGAGCAGGUGCCUCUGAUCUGUGAAACUAAACCCAUGAUCAGCAUCCAGCAGAUGAUGACCUACCAGAACCAGAAGAACGGCUGCUACCAGCCGCCUCCGCCCGGGAGCAAGCAGGACCACAUCUCCCCAGACGUGGCUCGCCUGAUGCAGCUGGAGGAGGGCAUCCGGCCGCUGGAGAAGAAGAAACACGCUCACUCCUCUCACCACAAGAGAGAGCACAGGGACAAGGACCACUGUUCCAUUGACAUGAAUGGGCUGGAGACUAAUGUAUAAAAGCAGCCGCCCUGCCGACAGCCACUGGCGCGUCCACGGCUGCAGGAGCGGCAGGUGAAGAAGACAAAUUAAAGAUUGAGGUGACGAAGUUCACACGCUUUUCCCCUCCGAGAAGGAGAGCAGGGAUGAAUGCAGAUAACCCUGGGGGAAAAAAGACAAUUUUUCUUUUUCUACAUAACCUAAUAACGACCCACAUUUGAUUGUGUGUUUGUGUGUGUAUAUAUUUAUCAGAGAUGUAUUAUGUGGUAUCAGCAGUGACAGUGUGCUGCUCUAGCUGACAGACAUUUCAAACCGGAGAGCUGUCUGAAGUUUCAUUAACAUCCCCCCAGAUCUGUGAGUCAGCCCAUCUCAAAAGAGCAUAAUACAAACAUCAGAUAUAAUUAAAGGAACCUAUCCCUCUGUGGACUGUGGAACAGCAGAAACAUCCGCUCAUAUCUCUUUUUAUUCAUUCAUGAUCUGGUUUGGUAUGUUUUCAUUAUUAUAUUGGUUGGGGCUUUUGUAUAUUUCUUUUUUUUCUGCUCUCUAUAAUGAAACUGAAAAUGUUGCCUGUUUGGAGCAUUCUUCCAGUAAAAUCACUGACGCAAUAACGCACACAAAGAGACAAAGUGGGACAAUACAACAUAACUGAGCUUUAACAAGAGACCUUCACUUAAACACACAUAAGCAACAGUUGGUUCACAUUCAGGAAACAAAAUGUCGCAGAUUUUCGGCUACAAAGGGGGAUUAUUUCCCAAAUUUUCUCAGCCACACCUUUCCCUACACUUCUCUUCUCUGCCUUGUUGUUCCAAGUCGAAGUGGGUGCUCUGCCUCAUACCUGCAAUACUGUACGGUCAUCGCCAGAAUCAAGACAAAGAGAUGAUAAAGGUCAGGAUGAGAGUGAGUGUUUGCCCUUGUGUUGAAGUCAAGUUGUCUAUGCACCCCAUUGUAUUUCCUCUUUGCCUUAAGCAACCAAAGGAGAAGCACGCGGGACCAGAGUGCUACUGACGUACGCCGAAACAGCUGAGACAAAACGACACAAGCGGACAAUCACGGGUCAUACUCAGAACUCUUGUCCAUAUGUAUGAGAUAUACGCUGUACAUGUAUGUAUUUCAAAAAAAAAAAUGUAGAUUUUACGAUUGUCAGUAUGUUUCAAGAGCUGCCAUUCUGUAUUUGUAAAAAGAAACACUUCACUGUA